GAGGGGUGUGAUAAAGAAAGAGAGUGAUAAAGAAGAAAGAAAAGAGAUUUGGAAAAAACCAUUUCAGCCAAAAUGAUGCAAACACUGAAGCCGUAUUCCACCACUGCAAAAACAGCUGAAAUCAUGGCUAGGUAUAGGCCUAUAGCCCCCAAGCCUGAGGCGUCUGGGAGUCCCUCCUCGCCGGAGAAUUCUAAUGCUUUGCCGCAGAGCAUUAGCAAAUCUCCUUUCCUUAGAAAUAUAUGGCCUCACUUGCAGGCAAGGCCUACGAGGACUAGGAAGAGAGGGAGGUCUGCACUUGCGCCACCACCUCUGAAGAGACCCAGGGCUUGUUUGCAGGGGCUUUCUCCUCCUUAUAAUGUAAUGGCCUCCCCUGCCAAAUCCUGGUCUUUACGAGGCUUCGUUCAUAAUCCAAAUGGGUUGCCCCAGAUUCCUAUACUCCCAAAUCUCGCGCCCCUGAAAUGUGGGUUAGAUAAUCCGGUUUCUACAAUUCCAAACUCCAUCACCGUUCCUUUUCUUUCCCGUACCUCACCACCCUCCAUCCCGGCCAAACCUCUGGAACCAACAUCUCCACGUAACCGUGCAGAAAACUCUAGAGCUGAGAGGGGCAUAGAUUUGAACAUGGCCGCCGAAGUUCCUGAAGAAAUUGAUUUCAUCUCACAAUUCCGAGCACCCGCUGUUAUUACCCCACGGCCUGUUCGUCCAGUCGGUUCCAACAUUUAUAUAGGCUGUAUCACCAACGAUGAUCGCCAACCCGGGGAAAAACUGCCCAAAAAACCAGAGGAAGUGGAGAAUGAAGUCGAGACAGAGGAGUUGCCAGCCGUUGUUUCCGACUCCAACAACAAAGUCCGGCUGGCCAAUUCUGCUUAUAAAGAAAUGGUGGGCCAGCCGGAAUGUCGCUGGCUUGAUUACACGGCGUAUGGCGACGGAAAGGGCGGCGGCAGUGCAUGCAAGAGGAUCUCCGGGGAGGUUAUUCUUCAGUUCUUGGAUUCCUGUGAUGUGCCACUAUCAUCAGAUAGAUUCACAUGCUGGGUGAGGAUAGAAUGGAGAAGCAAUGACAAGAAGAAUUCAGUAAGGGCUCUCUGUGAUGCUGUGAAGUUGGCUUGCCAGUCCAAGGACUACCUGUUCCAAUGGAGGUUCCACACCAAAGAACACUCAUCAGAAUCUGCCUCCAACAUCAAAAGUACCCAAGUUUAAAUGCUAAGUAUCUUGAUCCAAAGUACAUCUCAACCUUUUCUGCACAAUACUAAGAUGUACAUAAAAUAGUAGUAGAAAGGCUGUAGCAGUAGUUUUUUAAAUACAGUCCUUGCAAAAUUAGGGAGCCCCGGUUGAACUUUCAAGCAGUAGACCUGCGCUCUGUAAUUAGUAAAUAGUAAUGGAAUUAAAAUUUUGCAUGUAACUACUGUUUCUCUUCCA